AUGCAGCUCUCCAGCCUCCUGACGUCGCCGCUGCUGCUCGCGCUGCCCGUCGCCUUCCUCGCCGGGCGGUGGUCGGCCGCAAACAAGCUGCCGCCGCCGAUCAAGCUUGGGAGAGUCGAGCCGGAUGUCGUCAGGCAUCUCUACUCUCCGCCGGCCGCGCACGGCGUGGUGAGCAUCCCUUCGGUCGUGCGGGACGCGAGAGGCGCGGUGCACAACCUCAUGAUCGGCAGCUUUCGUUUCAACGUGCUCGAGACCCGAGCCGGCGUCGCGAGGUCGGGAGACGUCCACCGUUCCGACCAGCUGGACUUCGUCUUCAAGGGCCGAGUCAGCGUGACGACAAGAGAGGGAGGCGUCGACGUGACGCGCAAUUAUGGCGCGGGCGAUUUCCUCGUCAUCCCGGCGUUCGUGCCUCACAUCUUCCGGUUCCUCAACGAAACGGUGAUGGCCGAGUGGUGGUCCGGGCCGUUUGAGGCGCGGUACUACCGGCCGUAUCGCGCCGAGGUGGACGGGAGUCUGCAGCGCGCGCGGGGGGCGACUCAGUUGAGGGAAUAG